CUAUCCGAAACUUCUAGUCUCCCUGGAAAGUGUGACCCUUCCACCUUUGGUCUCAUUUGUUCAGGCAAGGAAGAGGUGGAGAGAAAAGGGGGAGGAAAGGGGAUGGCUGCUUCCAACAAAAAUAGAGCAAAAGUGGGAGGGAUAAGUCAGGGUCCUGAGGGAACAAAGAAACUGAGCUGUAAUCAGUGAGAGUGCAGAAUAGUACCUGAGAGUUCCCCCAAGGCUCACUCAUGGACAAAGCUAUCAGGAAAAGAAUUUUCCCCAGACAGAUGCUUUCUUUUUUGUUCUUGAGUCUUCUCCUCUUAGGGGAAAAGGUGACCAGCAUGUCCCCAGAGCCUCGCAUUGUGGGAGGCUGGGCUACCCAGCAGGGACAGUGGCCAUGGCAGGUGAGCAUCCGGGAGCAAGGUCAGCACGUGUGUGGUGGCUCGCUCAUCAGCCACCAGUGGGUACUUACUGCUGCCCACUGUGUGCCCAGUUCAGGGAAUCCCAGGAACCUGCAGAUCCAACUGGGGGAAAAGUUCCUCUAUACCAAGCCCCGCUAUUCCAUCUUAGUUCCUGUGAGUCAGAUACUGUUGCACCCCCAGUAUGAUGGGGAUGCCCUUCAUGGAAGAGACAUUGCAUUGUUGAAGAUGAGACGACCUGUGCCUUUCUCCAAAUUCAUCAGGCCCAUCACCCUGGCCCCACCUGGGACUCAGGUCCCACCGAAGACCCGAUGCUGGGUGACCGGCUGGGGGGAUAUCAGGGAAAAUGUGCCCCUGCCUUCAUUCUAUCCGCUGCAAGAGACAGAUGUGCACAUCAUGGACACACAGAGAUGCCGAGAGCUCUAUGACCCAGAGCCCAUUAAGAAUGAGAUGCUGUGUGCUGGCUAUCCCCAGGCGCGUAAGAACUUCUGUGAUGGUGACUCUGGGGGCCCUCUUGUCUGUCAACUUAGAGACAGAAGUUGGAUCCAGGUGGGUGUGGUGAGCUUCACCAGAAGUUGUGCUGACCCUCUACUUCCAGGUGUAUACUCCAGGGUUUCGUCCUAUGUGCCCUGGAUCCGUCAGUCUGUACCUCUGCCCUGA